AUCUAGGGUUCACUCGGUUUUAGUCAAAAUGAUGAAAUUGAAAAUAUGUUGUUGUUGUAAUCUAAUUAGUUUAUUAUAAGUAAUUAAAACGUGAAUAUUUUAAAUAUAAAACAAAAUAAUUACUUUACUAAUUCAUAUUAAAUAAUUAGGACUUUCCUCACAUACUCGCGUCAACCUUUUUUACACAGCAUCUAACUGAUGAAUAAUGUAAAACAAAAUUGGCAAGUUUUAAUUCCUAACUUACCUGUCCUUGUUUUUAACUGAGAAAGGAAACAUAUGAUGUGCCUCGUGAACUGAUCCUCGUAUUCUGAUAACCCGUGUAUGCACAUUUCUUACCCUUCAGAAUGUUUGACAUUAUAAAAUUAUCAAUGUGAAAUUAAGAUAAAAUAAGUAGGAAAUUAACUUUUAAAUUAAAUCAUAUUUUAUACUCAACACUGGCUGUAGGCCUGGUACAAAGUUCUUAGGAGCUGAUUUUCAUGUUACUUGAGGGUACACAAUCCAUCCAUACAGUUAUCCCAGUGACUGUCUUCUCCCGGGGUUUCAUGGCUCUCAAAGGCAGUGGUAAGGAAUACUUCUCUUCAAGGUCACCCAACGGUACUAAUACCAGCUUCCCGUAUAUGGGAGGGUGAAGGGUGGUGGCAUGACUUGGCCGGUAAACCUUGUACGUCCUAAGACCGCUAGGGGCGUACGCUGUCGAUACGCACAGAUAAAAAGCGAUCGCUGCGACGGAGCUUCCUACAACAACAAUUCUUCUGCGAAACCAGCCAGAAAUUUUAAUCUGGGCUUGAGACUUCUAUAUAUUAUAUAUAUAUAUAUUAAAUGGUGGUAUGUCAAAAUUACGUAAAAAUUCAUUACCUAGCUGUGACUUACCAGUGACGUCAGACCUAGGUCAUGUGUUCACGGGGCAAUGCACAGUAUACACAAAUUAAACUUUUCACGUGGUCAAUUUAACUUCACUUUACAGCAUGUCGGUGACACGAACUCACAAGAUUUUACCCUUCCAAAGGGUUAUUCUCAGAAAAAGGGACAAUUGAUGAAAGCAACUACUUUAGUCUUAUUAUAUUGACUAAAUUUACAGCUUUUAUAUAACUUAACUUCAAUGUAAUCUUUUAAAUAUGUGCCAUUUCACAAAAUAUGAGUAUGUUCAGUAUUAGAAUUAAUGAAACCCUUUAAGUUCUUGAAAUAUGUAGUUUAAGUACUGGCAUUGACAGUUUUUUUAGUAACAAUUAAAAUACUGUAUGAAAAUGCAAUAAAUAUAAAUAAAUAGUUCUGUACUACAUAUAUAUAAUAACAAAAAAAAAAUUGGUGGUACUCUUUUUAAUGUAUCUAGUUCUGUUCCCAAAGUAGCCAUCAACUCCAUAGACAAGAAAUUGUAAAAAAAAAUCACAAGAUGGCAUUGGCAACAAUGUUUUAAUUGCAACAGUUCCAUAGAUUAAGCCAUUAUGUAUCAUGUGGAAAAGUGAUUCUCUGGUGGUAGUGAGCGAUUUAGUAGGAUUAAGUUAUUUGAAAUGAGAUAUUAGGUGAGUAGGUUUAUUACGUAUCAACUCCAUGCUCUCUGAAUAGUAGGUAAUUAAUUGCUGAAAGCAUCCAGAUUAAUGUGAAUUAAAAGCAAAGAAAGAAUACUUGUAAAAUAUAAAACAAUGUCUUCCUAACCUAAAAAUUUUAAUUAUGGCAAAAUUACACCAUUUCAUCAACUCCGUGGUCAUCAACUCCAUGGAAUGUCCUGGCCAUGGAGUUGAUGAACUGCACGGAGUUGAUGUGUACAAUACAUUCCCUACUGUUUGUUUGGAACAUAUUAAAUAUUUUAGGCUUUGCAGAACAUAAUAUUACGUACCAUUGUGUCUAUUGUUAGCAUAAGCAAUCUAGUUGAAUAUGUUCUCUAGAAUGUGUAAAUUGUAAGCUAAGGCCAUUUUGGAUUGUGUCAGCAAAGGCAACCGACCGUGAUAUGUGUGUGUGCAUGCUGCAUGAAAAUGUACGCUUACUUGUGUCAAGACUGUACAAAUUAAAAAUUAUUGCUCAGGAUACACCUGAUUCAUUAUGUGAGAGUUUGUGUUGUAAUGAGGAACAGAUCAUGGAGAAAUGUUUGGAAAGAAUAUGUGCAGAUUGCAAAGAAGAAAAUUGUGUUUUCAAAUUUUGCAAAAGAAGAUACUGUGACUUAUGAGAAGUGGAUCAUAAAGAAAGAAGUGAUUGUUGUUGAAGGAAAAACCAAAACCUGUACGAAAUAUAAAAAGGAUUCCCUUCAGUGCUCAUUGGGUGAUUUAGUCUCUGAAUUAGAGGGCAUUUUCCCCAAGUUCAUGUCCCAUGUAAAUAACAUGUGUCACCAACACAGAGAAAUGGCCAAAUUGAAAAAAAAAUUGCCCCCUAAUUCCAUAGUUAUUCACAUGGAUUUCUCAGAAAAUUAUAACUGUAAAGUAUCCCAAGAAAUCCAAGCAUUUCAUUUUGGUGGCUCACGCGAGCAAGUCAGUAUCCACACUGUUAUGGUGUACUACAGGAACGAAACAUCUGAACUACCAAUGAAGAAAGCAUAUUGUACACUGUCUGACAGCUUGCGGCAUGAUCCUGUCGCUAUUAUGGCUCAUCUACAACCAAUAUUCACAGAAAUCAAACAACUUGUACUAAGCAUAACAAGUCUACACUUUCUUAGUGAUGGACCAAGUACACAAUAUAGGAACCGCAAAAUGUUUGCACUUAGUACAUACAUUGCUAGUUGCUUCCCAGUAGCUGAAAGUAUUACAUGGAAUUACAGCGAGAGUGGUCAUGGGAAAGGUGCGCCUGAUGGUCUGGGUGGAACACUAAAGCACACAGCAGAGUACCUGGUAGCUCAAGGAAAGGACAUAUCUGACUUCAGUACACGUGUACUUGAGUUGACAGACCAUGUGAAAGGCAUAACAGUGAUAAGUGUUCCGAAGGAAUGUAUCGAGCAGUUCUCGAAUACUUUGGAUCUUCGAACACCAAAACCUUUCAAAGGGACUCUCCGAGUUCACCAAGUAACAUGGGCACGGAAUGAAACAAAUUCCAGACUACAUUUCCGGAGGUUAAGCUGUUUCAGAUGUCGUCCAUCACGUUCACAUUAUGACAUAGGAUAUCUUGAUAUAUCCAAUGAUGAUGAGAAACCACCAGAAAUAACUCAUUCUUCUCUUCCUCAGAAGCGAUUGAAAUAUAGUGAUGUGUACAGCAGUUAUGAUUCAGAGUGUGAGGAAACAAAAGGAACACUUCUAAAGAAGAUUCAUGAUGAUGACUUAGUGAACACUUUUGUUGUUGUUGAAUACAAAUCCAAGAAAAGUGUAAGAACUACAUUGGGAUGGUUCUCUCGAAGGAAAUGGGUGGCUUUUGUGUGAAAUUUUUGCGAAUCAAAACUGAUGGGACAUUCUAUUUUCCUGAGAAAGAUGACACUGUACUGGUUGAUGGUUCUGACAUUAGACAAGUGCUUGAUGCACCAGAACUAAAUCGAAGGCAAAACUAUGUCUUUAAAAACAUUGAUACACAAUUUGUGAAUAUAGGUUGACUUUUUUAUUACUUUCAUUGCUAAUGUGUUGAAGGCUAAUGUGUAAUUCUUAAAUGUUUUGAAAUUAAUGAUUUACUAAUGUUUAGGUAACUUUCACAGUGUAAGUUAUGUGACAUUUAAAAAGUUCUUGAUGAACCAGAACUGAAACUGUUGAACCAGUUAAAAUUUUUAAGCUGUUUAUAAGUAGGCCCUACAGGGUAAAUGAUUAUAUUAUUAAAAUGGUACCAAAUUUUGAUUUAACCUAAUAUAUAAUGGUAUAUUUUCAGUAAUUUGAAGUAAAUAUACGGUGAUUUCAACUCCAUGCCAUUGAGCAUCAACUCCGUGCCAUAAAGCAUCAACUCCGUGCCAAGCACACUUUUAUUACCCGACAUAAAAUGAUAAAUAUUGAUCGUUGAUUAUUGCUGCUAGUUGGGUGAUGACAAACUUAUUAUUUUUGAUAUGUAAAAAAAAUCAUACAAAGAAAAAAACAUUUUCAUUUUGGUUUUAUGUGGUCAGGUCAAUUGUCCCUUAUCUUAAGAAUGACCCCAAAAAGAGUCCAACACACACAUGAUACAGUCGAGUUUAUACAUGAUGUCUUAGUGUAUAUAUGCGUAUACAUAUAUGAAUGCUGCUGUGCAUCGCCAGUCUGGGGCAACACGUCAUCAGCAUGUUGGUGACAUGAACCUUACCCCUUUAGAUUUCAAAGAUUUUUGGUACAUAAAAAGAUGAAAAAAAUUUUUUAAUGUUUUGGGCUUAUAGUUUUGAAGUAAUAGUAAUUCAAAAAUGUAAAAAAAAUCAUAUUUUUCGCAGUAUUUAAAUACAGUAAAAAUGUGAUAACUUACAAACUAUUGGGCAUAGAGAGCUCAAACUUGUUUUAUUCUCUUCAGUUUUAAUGGGCUUUAACAUGAUAUAUAACAUGACUGUCUUUCAUCAACUUCAUUUUUUUUUCAAACAAGUUAAAACAUGUAUUUCAAAAAAUUUCAAAAACACCCAUUAAAAAUUUUUUUAGAAAAAUAUAUGUAUCGGCACAUGCUAAAAGAGCCUCAGUCACAAAAAAUGGCAAAAGUGAGUUAAGCAUAAAAAUCACAUGUUAUAGGAUAGCUUCAACUAUUAAUGCUAAAAGCGAUUGAGUCACACAUGCAGGUUAGCUAAUAUUAGCAAGGGAAAUUCUUAACGUAUGCUAAAAGGGUUUCUUAGAGACAGAUUUAUUCAUUUUUCUCCAAACUGGGUUGAUUGAACUGAGGCCCUUUUAGCAUGUGCCGAUUCAUUAAGUUUUUUGUAUAAUAAUAGGCUACACCUAUACACCUAGUUUCAUAAUGGACCAAUAAUAGACUCAUCUUAAAAACUAAUAAAGUCUUAAUAGUGCUUAAGCUAAAUUUACUGUUAAAUGUUGCCCAAGAGUGAGCAUAUAAUAUUAAAUUUUCUAAAUACGAAUAACAUCAAAGUUUUGUAACUGAAUAAUCAGAAUUUAUAUAUUAUUUCUCUAGCCUGUUUUUCUGUUGGUUUGCGAGAUCUUCCUUAUUCCUUUAUCAAAUUUCAUGAUUUACUCAUCAUUUUAAAGCUUAUUGUGCCUGCUAAUGACGAAAAAUAGACCCUUGGUCUAAAAACGUAGCACUUUUCUUAAAUUUGAGAUUUAAAAUCAUCUAUGUAAUAGGUCCUUUAAUCAAUGCGUCGAUUUUUCUAUAGAUAUCGAAUCGGAUUCGAUGAAUAUUGAAUCGGAUACCCACUUGAAACAUUGUUUACAUAUUUCUUUUUUAAAUUGCACUUCCGUCAUAAUAACAGAUUUUAUGAUAAAGAAAUCUUAGAGACUCCUUCAACUUAACCAAAAAAUCCACCAAAAAACCACUUAACCAAAACUUCUAGCACGUCAGACUUUUCUUAUAAGUACUUUUGAAAUUGCUGUUGAUGUUUCGUAUCACAAACAUAACCUACAAACAUAACCUCUUACAUUUAUUUCUUAUAGCAUCAGUUAGUAUUGAAGAUACGUACAACCAAAAAGUGAACGAUGAUCACAUCAUCACGUCCAACAUUGUAUUUAAAGAGGUUUUAUAAACGUUUAUAUUAUUGGUAUGUUUUAAUAUAAUACUUCUGUAAAAAAAAAUGUGUAACAGCUAUUUGUACUGAUGUGUUUAAUUUCAUGUCUUCUUUUGUACCAACACCCAUUUGCUUUUUUCUAUUCUUCUUCAAAAUGUAAUUUCUCCCAAAUUUUUAAAUAAUGGAACGCCACACGAAACAAUUUGGUACACACUGCGGAAUUCCGCACGGGUCGACUAGUAUAUACAUAUUGAACUCAAUAAGCCUAUAAAUAUGUUUAUUAAUUACAUAUUUUAAUGUUUCAAUGUGUUUGUAAUAACGGCCACCACAAUAUUUUUAAAAAUAUAAAUUGCAUAACUGAAGAAAAAAGCAGAAAACCUUUUAAUACAAGUCUCAGCUAUACACAAGUAAGCUAUUUACUUACCAAUUUUCAGGAUGAAACAGGAUUUGAAUUAUUUUACAAAUAAAAUUGUUUGAAUUGUUUCCAUAUUUACUAGAAAGUAAUUUUCAUAAAUUGUAUUAAUAAAGAAAUAGCACAUUUUUAACAAAUUUUAGUACUAGUAGUAAUAUCACAUUGUUAAGAAUUUUUAAAUUUAUGUAUAUUGUUUAUGUAAUUUUGUUUCUAUACUUUUACUGAAUCUUGAUUUCAUAAAAAUCUUUCUAAAGCAUGCGAUGAAACACUAAUUUCAGUUUUACUUAACGUGUACACUCCUCCGAUUGUUGUCACAGGAUUUACUACUCCUAGAAUUGAAUUAUUAUGUACUGUUAGUAUGUCAUUUGGUUUGGAGUAAAAAAAUGAGGAGGCUGGCUCUUUAGGAUCUAAAAAGCUACUGUAAAUUCAUUUACAUCAUUUUUUUGAAGAAUACAAGCAAGCCAUCAUGAUUUGUCGUACACUACUAUAACAUGACCAGAAUCAAUUUUCUGUAAAGAUGUAGGUGUUAAGUAAUCAACUUUUGUUACAAUUUCUGUCACACUUUGUGCACUUGAUUUGAUGAGAAUGAUUUUGUCAGAAGACGAAUUUCAGAAAUCGGCAUAAACGUAUGCAGUUUGUGAGUACCUUCAGUUUCUUUUAAAUCGUAAUCAUCAGCUGUGCAGUAUUAAAAGUUUAUGUCGGGAAUAUUGUCGUUAGCAAACUCAAAAAGUUUUGGAAGCUAGUCUUUUAACUGUGCCACCUAAUCCAUCACAGGCACACUUGCCGUGUGAUGUAGCGAAGAACUGCCAUUUUGCUUUGACUUGAAAAUCAUUCUUGUGUAGGCGCAGAUUUAAAAAAUUCUAAAGUUAUUUUUCUAACUCAGUGGGAGUGUAUCUUUCAGUAUUUGCAUAAUUUUUCUUUGAAAAGUAUAGAAUACUAUUGUAUUGUGUUGCAAACACUCUGAAAUAACAACGUAAUCCACAUGUCAUAGUUUUUCUUGCCAAUGAUAAUAUUGUGAUGAAGCCUUACGGAUACAAUAGAAAAUAAUUAACUACAUAAUCAUGGACGUGAGGGAGAGUGUGUGUGAGGCGGAUAAUCAAGCAGUGUUACUACUAUCUGGGGCAAAAAAUAACGUAACUCGCAAACAAAAAGCUAGGCAGAGACUUGACAAACAACAAAAUACUGGGGAAAAAAAAUUCUGCGAGAGGUAUUUUAACAUGUAUAAUUAAAUCAAUACCUGUAAUUGUGUAGUUUCCCUUCCAUAAGGAAGGUGCCGAUUGUAUGACACAGUACUUAUACUAACAACUUCGAGAUUAGUUUGAGAAAAAAAAACACUUAAAACUAAGUUGCAUAAAAAUAAAUAUUUUUUAAAAACAAAACAUAAAAAACCUCAGACUUUUAAACAUUCAAUGUCAGAACAGAUGGGAUAUUAAAUAAAAUAAUCUUACAAAUUCUAAAAUGAAAAAAAUAUUAAAAUUACUUACAACCGGGCCUUAUUUAUCGCAGGAGCAUCAAGUUCAAUAUGUAUACAUUCUGAUUAUUCAGUUAUAAAACUUUGAUUUUAUUCAUAUUUCAAAAAAGUAAUAUUAAAUGCUCACUGUUGGGCAACAUUUAUCAGUCCAUUUGGCUUAAUCACUUUGAGACAUUAUUUUUUUAAUGAUCCCAUUGUUGGUCCAUUAUGAAACAGGGUAUAUAUUACACAAAUAACAUAUUUUUCUAAAAUAAAUUAAAAGGGGUGUUUUUGAGAUAUUAAAAAAAAAUUAUUUUUAACUUGUUUGAAAAAAAAAAUUAAGUUGGUCAUAAGACAGUCGCGUUAUAUAUCAGGUUAAAGCCCACUAAAACUGAAGAGAAUAAAACAAGUUUAGCUCUCUAUGGCUAAUAGUUUUUAAGUUAUCAAAUUUUUACGGUAUCUAAAUAUUGUAAAAAAAAUUUAUGCUUUUGAAUUGCUAUUACUAAAAAAAUUCAAUAGCCCAAAAGAUUUCAUAUUUUGUAUUUUUUAACUGUUCCAGGGGUACAAUAAUAAGUGCACCAAAAAUUAUCAAAAUUUGAAAUGGUAAGGUUGAUUUCACAUGGUUUGACCCUAAGAGUUAUUUGCAAAAAUCUCUUAAACUAUCAUUGAAAAUAUUUUAGUACCUGUUUUGUGCCUAAAAUAUAAUUUGGAAAUCUCUACAUGUAGCAGCAAUUCUUCACGUCACAAAAAUUAAUUUUUCCUUGAUUUUUUCUUAGCAAACUCAUUUACAGGGUCUACAAAGUUAGUUUUCAAAGUUACAACUUUUUCAGUGUACAUUACAACUAAACAACUUAUCAUUUAGAAGGGUUGCUUUCUUAGCAUUUUUGACUCUGCUUAAAAUGGAAAAAAAUAUCUGCAGUACAGUUUGGUAUUGGUUAAGGUCAAAAUCAUUCUAAUUGCGAUUUCAAGAUUGGGAAAAGUGCUUGAUAAAUUCAGUUCUUUAAUAUAAGAAUACCCUUUGGAUAAGUAUUUGAAUAUUUCAAGUUUAACAUACAUUUGAAAAUGGAUGCACUCAUUUACAAAGUCUGAACUAAUAUCUUCAGAGUACAGUGAGCAAAGUUUCAAAGCAGCAUUCUUGACUUCUGAUGGUUCAGCAGGGUGGCUACAGACCGGGAAAACCGGGAAAAGUCAGGGAAAUUUAGUAUGUCAGGGAGAACAGGGAAAUGUCAGGGAAUUCUGGCCAAGGUGCAGGAAAUUUUUUGUUGUAAAGUAUUUUUGCGAUUUCUCAUUUUUAUACACUAUUUUAAUGCAUUUUAUUUUAUUUCAACCACAUUAAAAUUGUAUCUACCCAUUUUACUCCCACAUUUUUUUUCCCUUAAAAAAAACCGCGAAAAUUCAGGGUGUGUGCUUGCAUUUGAUGCUGGCCCACCGGACCGUGCCGACAUCCUCAAGCUUCUUGAAUGCGCCGCAGCCGGACCGUGUCGAGCUGGAGAAGCCUAAGAUGUACAUCAAGUUCUGUCCCUGCCCGAACACGCCCGAAUAUUCACCUUCGACCAACCUCGGGAUUUGUUUUAUUUUUGAGCAGGAAAAAUGAAUUCAAAUUUUUAAAGUGGUCGGUUAGGUUAGCUACAUUAAAACACUUUAAAACACUAUGGACGGUUAGUUAGGUUAGUAUAGCUACAUUAAAAUAAACAGAGAAAUAUAAAUAUAUAUAAAAAUAAACCCGAGGUUGGCCGAAGGUGAAUAUUCGGGCGUGUUCGGGCAGGGACAGAACUUGAUUUACAUUUUAGUUUUCCCGUCGAGCUGCGUCCAGCGAGUGCCGAGCACGUCAUCAACGUAAUGGCGGACGGACAGUUCGAUUGUUCGAAAACAAUUGUCUUAGCCAUGCACGCGUGUGCCUUGCGUGCGUGCAUGUUGACUAGUUGGAUGUAGUUUUCCGUGAAUAACAUCGUGGAAUUUUUGUCAGAAGUGUGAACAUAAACAACUGGUUUUAUUUAUUUAUUAGCUGUUUUGAAGUGCCAUCAUGCAAGUUUGCCAUUCGACAUGCCUUUGCGAGUGAUAACUGCAAUUUCUCAUCAUCAAGAGUGCUUCUGUGUUAUGAACGUCGACCAUAGUAAUGCAUUAAUGUUAAUUCAGUAGAAGACUAUUUGAAACACGUAAAAUCUAAUAUAAGUUUUAAAAAACGUCAGGCAUUUGAGUUAUGGUUUAAUAUUUUUAAUUUUUCAAACUUAACCACCACUUAGUUGCCAUGUCGAAAUUCAGAAAAACAGCAUUUAACGAAUCAUGGCUUUUAGAUCUAGACUUCAAGAACUGGCUAAGAGAAUCGCCCGGGGAUCAAUACUCUGCCAUGUGUACUUUUUGCCAUACAAAAUUCAGUCUAAGUAACAUGGGUAAACGAGCCGUAAGAAGUCAUAUCACCAGCAAGAAACACCAACUUUUGUUGAGUAAUGUUUUCAUUUAAUUUAAAGUGAAAUAUAAUAAAUGAGGUUGGUAAUUUACUGUUUGGAUACAAUAUGCAUUGAAAGAAAUUCUAGGGGAAAUGGUUAAGUUACGUCACAACAAAGUAUUUUAACAGUUGGAAAUUUCGGGGAAAUGUCAGGGAAUUUUUCGGCAGAGUAUCUGUAGCCACCCUGUUCAGAUGAGCAAGUCAACUAAAGAGGUAACACUUAAAAUCUUGAAGUUGCUAUUUCAUAAGCUCUUUUCCUUUUUACCAAGUUGGUUAUAAGUGAGUCCAUCCUUCAAUCCCACG